AUGGAGAUAACAAUCUUACUGUCAGCGCUCCUGAUGGCGAUGGGGGUGGGUCUCGGCGGCGGCACGCCCGUGUCCGACCUGAAGGUCAGCGGGAAAUCGAUUCAAGGCUGGAUAGCCCCGCAGAGCGACGACCACGGGCGAACCGCUGCGAGGAGGCAGACACAUAAAGAGCAAAAUGGUGACAAACGGAGGAGUUUGGACUUGGAGAGCUUCAAAAUCUACGUGACCCCAACAACCACCAAAAUGGGCCUGCCCAGAAUUGUCAAGCUCUACCCUCCCACUGCUAAACCCGCCAACAUGCACGCCAACAUGCCCAUGCGCUUUGGACGGGAAAAUGUUCCCGGGGACGACAAGUCGCAGCCCAACAUGCCACAACGGUUUGGAAGGUCCAGAGAGGAGCGCCCAAAAUGUGCUGAGUGUUUUGGAGACCAGAGGAAGUGGCCAAAGAGUCCAUACUGGAGGCUUCUAAGCAUGCUAGCUCGUGCCCAGUUUUGGAAAACAGGCUUGAGCUGGUAGGCAAAUAUAAAACCACGCGUGUUAAAAACAAAACCAACUGGUUUUUAAAAACAGCCAUCAUAAAAAUGUUCAGUAUUAUUCUGUAUGAACUAUUCUCCUAGGCCAGGGGAGCCCAAACUGAGGGCUACAGACUGACACAUCAAACAAUGUGGGGACCACUUUGGUGGUUUUCACCUUCAAAAAAACAGUACCAUUUUUUUUCCCCUCAAAAAACUGGAGAAUGCAAUGUUGGUAGAAAGUCUGUGUGAAUAUUUAAAAGUCAAAGCCCAACUGAAAUGCUAACUGAUAGCAUCCUGGCCAUAUCGCUUCAAGUAAAAGAAAAUAUGAGCAAAAUUAGAUUAAAAGCUAGUACUAUGCUAAAAGGCUAACAAUAACAUGCUUACAAUUAGCAAGAAAUACCAAAAUAGGACUCUGAGAGGUAUACGUGCUGAAUUAGCCAAAAUUUUAAAAAAUCUGCCAAUGUUAGCAUAAUAAAAUGCUAACUGCAACAUGUAGAGGUAGGGGAAACAUCUAGCAUUCUUAUGUUUGCAUGAUAAAAUGCUAACUGUAACAUGUGUCAAAUACCAAAAUAUGUGACUCUGAGGUGUAUACCUGCAAAAUUAGCUAGCAUGUUCAUUUAGUAUGCUAACGAUUGUGCCGCAGUUUGGACACCCCUGGCCUACGCUAUUCUAACAGAUGUCUGUCGUACAAAUGUAUGAAACACACAAAUGUGACUAGAAAGAUCGACUACCUAUUUUUUUCUUUUCUUUUCUGUAGGUCUGAAGAUUUUUACUUAAUGACUCGCUUGGAAGAAAUGGAGACGCAAAUAAAGACACUCCAAGCAGUUAUCUAAAUCUACACAGGACUGUAGCAUCAUGAUGAGGACAAAGUAAAUGUACAUAAAGUUGUGUUAAUUGUGACAGAAAUUGUAGCAAUGUGAAUGAAAUAUGUCAA